AAAUGUUCAUCCUGUAAGGGAAGAGUAUGUUUGUUCUGUUAGUCAAAGGCAGAGAAGAUAGAAGCAGCUCAGGAGAAUGGCACUGGGGCUAAAAGUUUUCUGCAGGGAUGCUGGUGCCUUUGAAACAGGCUGCAGAAGUGGAGAGAGCCCUGCAGAGAAGAGUGGCCAUGGUGGGUUCCUCAGUGCUGCUUGCGGGGCCGCUUAACAUCACGCUCAUCCACUCCAUACGGUGGGAGCACCUCAAUGGCACUGCUUCCCACACCAUCCUGCAGUAUGAGAGGCACAACCUGACCAUCCACAUGCCAUACAUUGCACGAGCCCAUCUGCAUGCGUCCAAUGGAUCUCUCCUCCUGGAGGACCUCCAGGAAAGCGACAGUGGCAUCUACAGAGUGACUGUCAACCAAGCAGAAAGGGAGAGCUUGUCAGUCUUGCUGGAUGUUCUGAAGCCUGUGUCUCACCCUCAGCUCUGGAGCAGUGGCCUGGUGGCCAAGGCAAGUGGUGAGGUACUAUGUGAGGUAGCAGAGGGCAGGGCAGACGUCUUCACCUGGAAGAAGGAUGGGCAGAUGCUUCCCCCGGACAGAAGUUACCACCUCUCUGGAAGCCUCAGUGUUUUGCCACUGAGGAUGGUAAAGAAAUCGGACUGUGGCUCCUAUUCCUGCAAUGCCAGCAAUGGGAUAAGUUGGCAGGAGACCUCCCUGAACGUCACUGUUGCAGGUCUCUCCCCUCCCUUGCAGGAUGUGCUGAGGAUUUCAGUGGUUGCUCUGGUCUUUGCUGCUGUCUCAGGAUGGGGCAUAAUUUUUCCUGUCUGCCAGUCUGAAAAGCUAAGAAUAAGGGGAGAGCUGUGGAGGUGGCUCAGUGCCUACACCUGUGGGCUGGUGUGCAUCUCCUCCAUCCUGACUGGCACUGCUGGGCUCCUCUGGAUGAGAGAAGAAGGCCCAUCCAUUGCUGUCAUACUGCCACAGAUUUUCCUUUUGUAUGUGAUUGUGAUCACCUUCUUAGUGGCCUCCACAGUGACAUUCCAGCCUACGAAGCUCAUCCGGCUCCAAAGCACAGCAGCACAGCGCACGAUGGGCUAUGCUGCUCCAGGAGGGGUGCUCCUGGUGGUGCUGACAAGCAGCUUCCACAUGAAGAACAUCCACCGGCGCCAUGAAGAAGGCUGCGCGGCGUUCAUGGACGUCACCACCCUUGUGGUCAGCACAGCAGCAGUGUUGGCCCUGCCGAUCCUUGCCAUCUUCCUCUGCUAUCACACAACACAGGGGUGGCUGCAGGAACGUGACUCCAAUUGUGCAGACAUGGAGAGGUCCUUUGAGAUGUCCCUGCCCAUCAGCAAGGAUCCUGAUUUAACCUGCUAGACACUGGGGAUGUUUCCUGUGUGGCUGGCUCAACAUGUUAAUGGAUCUCAGUUUCAUAGGUCUGAGCCUAUGAUAUUGGCGAUAUAAAGCAAUGAAAUUAAUCAUUUUUGUCUUUUUCUUUAACACAGCACUAGGGAUUUCUAAUGCACGUUUUUCCAUUUAUUUUCCACUUUAGUACCAGGCUCCGAGUUAGAGAAAUGCCUUUAAAACUAGUUACAAGCGUGACCCUUGCUACUUUAUGACAUUAAUGAGGCUGUGUAUGUUUCUGAGUGUGUGUAGGUAACCAGCCAUGUCCACCCCAGCCUUUUCCUGCUGCCACACAAGGCCGUGCUUGAUGCUUCCUCUCCACAUGCAGAUGACAUCAGGGUGAUUUGCACGUUUGCUCCCUGUGCACUUCCUGAAGACCCGUGCAAAUGGCAGCAUCCAUGCCUGUGGAGACCUGCAUGUGCUUUAAAACUAUUUGUUCAAAUGCAAAUCCCUCUGUAGGAGCGCUGUGCCUGUCACUGGCUGUUGACAAUGGCUCCUCUGCUCUCUGCUGGGUUUUUCUGCACAGGAAGGAAAAGAUGAAGCGUUUUGGAGUGUGGUGUGUAGGCCAAGAUAUGAGUGUUGCUUGCACAGAGGAUUUCCUGCCUCCACAGCAGUGUGGGGAGGACAUGCUCUGCUGGACAAGACUGGAUCUGUUUCAGGGGUGAGGGUUAAGAAUUCACUCCUUUCUGCAGCUUUUAAAAUCCUCUCCUUCAGCUCACCCCAAGCAGCAGUAGUUGAGUGCUCGCAGUUCUGCAUGUGGGAUCCUCGGGGCUGGCCCAAGGGGAAGCAAACACAAAUCAAACCCAUGACGGGAUUUUGCUGCCCUUUGUAAGGGAAGUAAUCUCCCUGCAACAGCAAACUCUGACUGGUUACAGAUGGCAGUACCUCCUCUGAGGGGCAUAGGCCAUGUUUGUCUAUCUGCCCACCUUCUGUCACGCUUUCCUGUUGCCCUGAUACUGUGGGUACGUGAAAUUAUCUAUUGACUUUUUGUCUUUGCUUAGCAGACUGGUUUCUCUGCAAUGCCAUUAAGCUUAAAAAAAAAAAGUUAUUUAUUCUAGCAGGCUGAGGUAGGCUGUGGGAUGCAAUGAUCAGACCAUGGAGGGAGAUGCUUGUCCCAGCACAGAGUGCCUCACUGUGGGACUGUUCCUCCCUAGAGGCAGCUCUUUGUAUUUCCCUUUGCUGAGCCCCACGAGGUCCCUCAGCCCACUUAGUUCCACCCUGGAUGCCAGUAUCAUCAUUGGUGCCACCCAUCCCAGUGUGGUGGCACUGCUGAAGAUGCUGAGCCCUGGGACAUACUGCCAGCAGGAUGCAGUGCUGCUACCCAUGACUAAGCUGCUCUGCUGGUUGCCUGCCCAAUGCAACACUGACAAGAAGAAGGACAGAGAAGGUAGCAGGCAUAGCAGCUUUCAGGAUCUCUAGCAGGGACCUCGAAGAGACCUUUUGCCAGCAUUGAUUUGAAGAAGUAAUAGCACAAAAUAUUCUGUUAAUAUAUCCUUACAAGCAUAGCUGCUGAAUUGUUGUAUAACACAAGUAGUGCUUGCCUGCAACACCACGGUAACCUUUACAUGCUAUGGGUGAUAAUUGUGAUGUAGCACUGAGAAUGGGGAGGCACCUCCUAAGAGUGUUCUGUUUUAACAUGAUACAAGUUAUAACAACAUAGUCAAGCUUGCUAAUGUUUGUUGAUGGAUACCCCUGCCCUGCAAUCUGUUUAGGUAAC